AAAAAAUAUUUAAAAAUUGUGUAAUAAAGCAUUUUCUACACAUUCCAUGCACAUGCUAAGCGAAUUUUACAAAUGAUCAUGCCAUUUUUGCUUAAGAAUUUACAUUAAUUGUGAAAAGUUAUUUAUCAAUUCCUUUGUUAUGUUUUUAGUGCAUUUGUGUUUUAGUAUUAUGUUUUGUACCACAUGCGGCCACACUUGAUUCCACCAUUUAUUAUUGUAAACAAAGGCACGUGCGGGAUUCAGGAUUUUUCGUAUUAUUGAUAUAGAUGGCAUGGCCGAAGCAAUUGCCGCUAAGAAACCCAAGAUGAGUACGGAUGAGAAGGCGGCUCCUCCGGGAGCACUCAACUGUGCGCACUGGGUACUUCGCAAGAAGAGGUACUGCAAAAUGGAACCGAGCAAGGGCAGUAUAUUUUGCGGGGCGCACGAGCCGCCAAGUGAGGCAACCGCAGAGAACCCAGAAGCAGAGCGCAUACCCUGCCCACUAGAUCCCAAGCAUACAGUGUUCAAACGAAAGCUGGCCAAGCACCUGACCAUAUGCAAUGCCAGAGAUCAGGUCAACACACUGCCCUACAUUCUGAAAAAUGUCAAUGCAGGCGAUGAACUAGAAUCUGACAAACAGCAAGAACUCUGCGAAUACGAGAAGCUAAAGCUGCACGAGCUGGAGGAUGCAGAGUUCUAUAGUGUCAUAGACAAAGUGAAACAGCUAUAUGACAUACAUAUAGCUGGCAACAUUGAGCAACUUCAACUGCAACAUUCAUCGCUGGAGGAGCCCCUGAGCCACAGCGAAUACGGUCCGGAGACACGCAAGCAUUUGGUACAGACAUCCGCAUUGCUGGGCAUACUCGAACGUGACCAACAGUUGGGUGAUAACACUAGCUACAUUGAAUUCGGCGCAGGCAAAGGCCAACUGGCCUUUUACCUUGCCACCGCACUUGAUACGAAACAGUUUGCCAACUCGCAGGUGGUGUUGGUGGACCGUCUCUCGCUGCGCCACAAGAAGGACAACAAACUGAGUAAUAAGCAGCUCGUGCAGCGAAUACGUGCUGACAUUGCGGACCUCAAGAUAUCCCAACUGCCAGAACUUAAGCGUACCCAGCGCAAUGUGGCGCUAUCAAAACACCUGUGCGGCGCCGCAACUGACCUAACCCUGCGUUGUGUACUGGCCGACAAAGAAGCAUGCAAUACUAAUUAUAUAUUAAUAGCCCUAUGCUGCCAUCAUCGGUGCUCCUGGCGGACCUACGUGGGCAAGAAGUGGCUUCAAACAGCAGGAAUCACACCACGAGAGUUUGUCAUCAUCACCAAGAUGGUAAGCUGGGCUGUGUGUGGCAGCGGUAUUAGUCGCGAGCGGCGCAAAGCUAUGGCGGAGGCAGUCACUCAGGAGGAGGAGCAGCCCCAACAGGAGCCCACGCAGAGAUUAAGCCGUGAGCAGCGCGAGCUUAUUGGCUAUCAAUGCAAGCGUGUCCUAGACUACGGGCGGCUGAAGCACUUACAAGCAAAUGGCUACCAGGCGUCGCUCAAGUUUUACGUGUCGCGCGAUGUUACCCUGGAGAAUGUUAUUCUACUGGCACAACGCGACAGCACCAGGUGCAAUAAUACUUAAUGCUAAUGUAUUAAUUAGUAGCAUUUUUAAGCUAAAUACAUGACAAAUAAAUAUAUAUAGCUAUAUUCAAAUAGUUAUAUAUAAAUGUCGAUCUUGACUGAC